AUGAAUACACAGACGUACAGCAUGGACGUCUUCUGCGAUUUGAUUUUGACCUCAGAAAUAAAAAACUUGAAUUAAAAGAAUUAUAAAGGUCUAUUUAACGACAAGAUGUUCGCUUUUGCAUUAAGAAGAGGGGCCUUCAUUUCCCACAAGCUCUUGCAGUCUGUUACCACCUCUCAAAGAUGCUGGACCUCCUCUUUUUCUCCGCUCUCUCAACACGGCACAACUUUCUGUUUCUCCUCCAAUCACAGAUCAACGGGACACCUAAGCCCCGCCUCUCACCUCCCCACUUUUCCCGUAUACUCCCGCCCCAUCCACUCCUCCGCUGUACGCCUCAAAAAACGCCCCCAACCGGAACCUCCCCCACGGGAACUGGACCUGCUUCGUUAUAACAUGAGAGACUUGCCCAAAAGCCCCAGACCUGCUUUAUACUUGGGCUUCUCUGGGCUCCUUCCUUUCGUCUGCCCUACGCUUUUCAUGGCGAUGACUGAAAACUAUAUCCCUGAAGUCGCAUACGCCCAGGUUGCUUACGGGGCCUCGAUAUUGUCAUUUCUGGGCGGGGCUCGUUGGGGUUUUGCGCUUCCUCCCAGCAGCCCGGCGAAACCUGAUUGGAUAAACUUGGCCAACAGCGUGGUGCCGUCUCUUUUAGCUUGGGUUGCCAUGUUGAUGAGCGAAAACAUCGUCCCAGCUGCGACCAUGGUGAUUAUGGGUUUGGGUAUUGCGCUUCACUACGAUUUGUCCUUGUUGCCCACGUAUCCGAGCUGGUUCAAAGCUCUGAGGUCCGUCCUGACUGUCGUGGCGUCUCUGUCUCUCUUGGGGAUGUUAAUAGUGUAUGGGGUGUUCCCUGAGAAAAAGCUUUUCUCAGAAGAAAAAUAGAUUAAAUUAAAGUGUGUUAAACGGA